CUGACUGAGAAGCUAAGGUACCUAUUUCAUCGAUAACAGAGAUUAGGUGGGCCACAAGGGAUGUCAAUGGACUGGCAAGGGGUACGAGCAAGCCCCAGUUCUCAUGUUGUUAAGAAGAUUUUGCGCUUGGAAAUUCCAGUAGAUAGUUAUCCAAAUUUCAAUUUUGUUGGGCGGCUUCUAGGCCCCAGAGGCAAUUCACUAAAACGAGUGGAGGCUUCUACAGGCUGCCGUGUGUACAUUCGAGGAAAAGGUUCAAUAAAGGACCCAGGAAAGGAGGAGAAGCUAAGAGGAAGACCAGGCUAUGAGCACCUGAAUGAUCCACUCCACAUCUUGGUUGAAGCCGAGUUACCCAUCAAUAUUGUUGAUUUAAGGCUGAGACAGGCACAAGAAAUUAUAGAAGAACUGCUUAAACCUGUGGUAUUUAUUUCUUUGAUUCUCCUGGACUUAUGCUACCAAAUCUCUUUCUUUAUAUUGCUUUUAUUGAACAUAUUCUGCUGUUGGUAUUGCCUGUGAGACACUAGCAUCUGGGGGCAGUAUAAAACAGAAGGACGCGUCUUUCCUUUUGGUAGAUCUAUAUAAGCAUUACGUGCAAGCCCUGAUGAACCUGUCUUACCAUGAUUGCAUGUGCUGGAGCUGUGAGGUCACCACUGUGUAGUCUUCUCCCAGGAGUUCUUAUAGCCCAUGUUUAAGAUUUUCCUGUCUAUUCAUUUUGAUUCUGUCUAGAUCUAACGGCCGCGACUAGUCAAAUCUCCUCUGACAUCUUUAUUUCUCUGUGUUGGUGGUUAGCACUGAGUAGGGGGUAUGAACUUUCUGGCAUGCAUGUGACAUUAUGAACUUUCUGUCAUGCAUGUGACAUGAUGAACUUUCUGUCAUGCUGUAUGUCUGUGUUUAAGAACCAAUUCAUUACACACUCAUGCAUAGGCGCCACCUGGGCAUCUGUCUUCAGGGUGUCAAGAGGAUGCCUUACCUUACUGGAUGUAGGUAAAGCAUUGCUUUGGUUGCCUAGGUGUCACCUUGGAUGCCUUGGUCUGCUUAGAUGGCUGGGCAGGCGCCUGCUAUUUUGAUAUAACUUCUUUUCCUGACCUUUUUAUUUGGCAGUGUACAGGAUUAUAAUGCUUUUGAUAGAUGGAAUCAUUGAAUCUUAAACCUUGCUAUACUAUUGUAUCUGGUUAUACCGAUAUAGUUUAUUGCUAAUUCUCUGUUAGUGAUGCAAUGUGACAUAUCAAAUAUCAUUGUACUGAGAAAUAUCUUCUUAGUUCAAUUUAUAUUUAAUUGCUGGCUUUUAGUGCUAUUUGUUGUGAACAAUGAGCCAGUCUUACAAUGCAUGUUUAUUUAUAUGUUACUGAUGGUUUCUUUAAUAGUCUGUUAAUUUACUUAUGAUGUUUAUGACCUGUCUAUAAAUAUAUGUGAUGGAGGAAAAACACUAGGGUGCCUUGUCGCCUAGGUGCCUGGGAGCCCCUCCACUGCCUUGGUCACCUUGACGCCUUGACAUCUAUGCACUCAGGAACAUGAUGAAGCCUGAGAAACCUAUUUGUUUAGACCAAAGUCCAGCCUAGUGAUACUUAAUAGUGACAUACAGGUAAAACAUGCUGCCAAAUGGCCACAUGGAAGGAAAAAACAAUCACUUGGUGAAUCAAAGCAAAUUGCACAUUCCGCUCACUGAUCAGGACCACUUCAUUUUUGACUCCCCCUCUCCAUGGCCCUCCCCCCUCAUCCGGAAGUUUCCAUCGUCGGAACAUCCCUCUCCUCCCUGACUCCUCUCCCAUUGACACCCCCUCAUCUCCCUCUGACUCUCCUCCUCCUCCCAAACCUCCCUCUCCCUCGCUUCCCCCUUAUAAAUCCUGGCCUUAGUUGCUUCCCACAGGCCACAGCUCUCAUCCCUCCCAUGUCGGCUUUCCCCUGCCCUUUAUCCCUCCCACCCACAUUGAGGAUUCUCUGGUUGGAUUCUGCCCUACAGAGCUGCUGGAUUCUCAGAUUGCUAAAUGGCAAAACUGCCUUAUAGGUCAUUUCCUUGGUAGCAGGCCGCCAUUUCCCAUAGUGAAAUCCUCCCUCUCUCGGCAGUGGAAGAUCUCCGGCACAUUUUCGAUGUCACUCCUUGACUAUGGCUUAUUCAUCUUCAACUUCUCCAAUGAUGUGGAGGAAAACUUCGCCCUGGAUGGGGGUCUUUGGAUGGCUGGCUAAAAGCCCAUUUUCCUUAGACAAUGGGAUCAGUUCCUUUCAUUCUCCAAAGUGGACUUCAAGGCUAUCCCAGCAUGGAUAUCCCUACUGAAUCUACCUCUUCACUACUGGUGUGCGAAAGGCCUCAGUAUUAUCGGUUCGAUUAUCAGGAAGCCUCUUUACUCCGACCUAAGAAUGAGGACUCAAGACCGCUGGCCUUCGCUUGCACCUGUGUUGAAAUCUCUAUAGAGGUCUGAUGUAGAUAAGUCACUUGGGCUUAUUUUAUUGCAAAUAAGCCUUGGGUUGUUGAUGCGGAUCCGAGUUCCAAAGACUGAAAUCGGAUCACUUAGGGCC